UUCGUCACGCAACGUUCGCGCGUUCGAAACCGGUUCUUGAGGGGUGCUUCGGCUGACAGUUGAGCGAUUAUUUGUUUUGCUCUGGCUAUCUCACCCGGCGUGCUCGUGAAACCUUUGCUUGCCCUCCGCCAGUCCAAAGGGCAGAUCGUCGGUACUUUUUCGGCGUUGUUUACGUGUCCAUCGCAGUUUUUUGGCUGUACCAGCUGAGUGCAUUAAAGUGAUCGUGUCCCGGAAGCAACAAUGCAUACAAAGGAGGAUGACCAGUACGUUCUAUAUGGUGGACCCGACCCAACUGACCUGGACCAGUACGGUUCGCUGGGAGAGGUUAUAGUAGAGGAGCUGAACCUGCGCCCGUCGAACCUUGGUUUGAUUGAUCCGGUUACACUGGAGGAGCUAACUUACAGUCAGAUAUUAGAGCGAUCUGCACGCCUUGCCUUGGGUCUGUCGAAGUUAGGCAUCAAGCGUACGGACAAUGUGGCAAUAUUUAGUCAAAACAGCCUAGAGUACUGCAUCACGAUGUUUGGCAGCAUUUUCACCGGUGCUCCAUUGGCACUGCUAAAUCCAGCCUAUGUAGAAGGGGAGCUGAAGCACGCGAUUGAACUAGCGAACCCAAAGCUAAUCUUUAUAUCGCCCGAUGUACUGGAGAAACUGAUGCAGACGCUCCGUGUGAUGAAGGGACAAAAGCCACGCGUGGUGCUGUGUGGUGAACAUCCAUCAGCUAUCGGUCAAUAUCCGGAAGUGAUUCCCUUUGCCAGUUUGCUCGACAAUGGAUCAAUCGAUCUGAAACGCUAUCGACCGGAACCUGUGAAUAAGGUGGGACACGUCGCGCUGAUCGUCCUAUCAUCUGGCACGACCGGACUGCCGAAGGGAGUAGAGUUGACGCAUCAGAGUAUCAUUGCCACGAUUGCACAUUCGAAGGAAUCGGCCAAGAUGCUUGAUCUCCCGGACCAGCUGGUAGCUUUGGCUGUAACGCCCCUUUUCCAUGUGGUGGCCGGUGUCGGUUUGCUCAACAUGGUCACUAAUAACUGCCGAUGUGUGGUGAUGCCCCGUUUCGAUCCACACCUGUUUCUUAGCUGCAUCGAGAAGUAUCGGGUAAACCUUAUGACACUCGUGCCUCCACUGAUGGUGUUUCUUGCCAAACAUCCGAUGGUGGACAACUACGAUCUUUCAACACUCAUGACGCUGUUCUGCGGUGCGGCUCCACUGAGCAAGGAGAUCGAGGAUCAGGUACGAGAACGACUCGGUGUGGCAUUCAUACGGCAGGGUUAUGGCAUGAGCGAAACCACACUAGGCGUUUUGAUGCAGGAUGGGUUCGAGAACAAGGCCGGUAGCGUAGGCAGAGUGCGCAUGGGUCAGUGGGUGAAGGUGAUCGAUCCGGAGACGGGUCGUGCACUAGGACCCAACCAACGGGGUGAGCUUUGCUUUAAGGGCUCGCUGAUAAUGAAAGGGUACGUAGGCAAGGAGAAUGCCAUCGAUGGUGACGGUUGGCUGCACACCGGAGACAUCGCGUACUACGAUGACGAUCAGGAGUUCUUCAUCGUGGAUCGCAUUAAGGAGCUGAUAAAGUACAAGGGUUUCCAGGUUCCGCCGGCCGAACUGGAGGCAAUACUGCUGGAACAUCCGAAGAUUAGUGAUGCGGCUGUUAUCGGUGUACCGGAUGAACGUGCCGGCGAGCUGCCGCUUGCGUUCGUCGUGAAGGAAUACGGUGAACAGCUGACAGAGCAGGAAGUAAGGGACUUUGUCGCCGGCAAGGUGUCCGAACAGAAGCGCUUACACGGUGGGGUUCGAUUUGUCGAAACGAUUCCAAAGACAGCGAGCGGUAAAAUAUUGCGCCGGGAGCUAAGGGAUUUGGUGAAGAAUACCAAAUCGAAGCUAUAGUGGUUGAAGGGGUACUUACAUCGUAUCUAGUCGUGGUGGGGUUUGUGGGGUUGAUUUUUUGUGUAUUAUUUUGGAAAAGAAAUAAAGAAAAAAGUGGGAAUAA